AUGUCCUCGCAAAAUCUGAUAUUGGACACUUCGAUCUUACCAACAGAUAUACUCUCAUUUUCUGAUGAUCAUUUUUACAGGGCUGUUGAAAAAAUUGCAGGGUCAGCUGAAGCGAAAUUAUUGGAAAUUCAAGGUAUUCGAAGUGUAUAUUCGUUUUUACACACAGAAGAUGUGUUUAGUAUUCUUUCGCUUUCCUGUUCAGCAUUAAGAGAUAUAAAAAAACUAAUUUGCUUCGAAGCCGAUGAUCGUAGUUAUAUGAUAAAACCAGGUUGUCGUGGCAGUAUUCGAUAUCUUCAUCAACUGCUUCAUCAAAAACAUGAAGAGCAUCAAAAAGACAUUACAUUAAAAUUUAAACGGAAUAAACAAUCAAGUUCUCCAGAGAACAGUCAGACUAUUCAUAAUAUUUCACAAGAUUCAUCUCAAGCCGGUCCAACAUCUUCUCAUCAACAGCCUCUAACAACAGCAGAUUCUAUGAAUAAACUCAAUCAUUACAGCUCCAUUAUCAGUAUGAUGAACGAAUGGUUUGAAAAAUAUUGUGAAACAAUAAAUGUUUCAGCCGGUACAUUAACUGAAAAGGAAGAUUUUCAACUCUUUAUUGUUUCUAAUGGAACAGAUGAAGAAGCAUCUAUAUCCUGUUCAUGUGGAAUUAAAGUACAACUAACAAAAAAUCAUCAUACGUUUUCAUUAAGUAAUUACUAUAAACAUGUUAAGUCCAAGAGUUGCAUGAUGAUGAAGAACAAAAAGAAGAAUAACUCUAAUGCUUACAAUGAACCCAACACAAUCGACGAACAAGAAUGUUUAGACGACGAAAGAUCACAAGAUAUUUCAAUGACUGAAACCAUUCAAUCUUCAGAUUCUAGUAUUGCUAUUGACAAUACUGUAGAUAUAGUUCAAUCAUCUAAACGAUCAAUUGGUGUACAUAAUACGGGUGUACAAAAAAAACAACGAACUAAAAGAUAA